AAAAAAGCAGGGACUGAUAAUUAAAAUAGAAAAAAAAAGAGGCUAAAAGAAAAUAAGAGGGUCUUCUAUGGCUGGCUGCUACUAUCCUUCUUUUCUCUAGCUUCUUAUAACUCAGCUUUUUGAAGGGUUUGCUUUCAGAAUUUAGGAUUUUAGAAGCUCUCCAUUUAAGAUAGAAGUAUAGACAUUUUGAUAAUACACGGUUCGGGGCUGCUGAUAUUUGGUUUUUCUAUUUCAUCCCAUGCUUUGGCUGACACGGUAAUGCUGGCAGUAUGGGAAAGAAGGGAAGUUGGUUUUCUGCAAUUAAAAAAAUUUUCUUUCCACACUCCAAGGAAAAGCUAAAUAAUGAAUCGGAUAAAAGAAGUGAUAAAGAAAAGAAGAAAGGCCCAGGAAAAUUAAGGCAUGGAGAAACCAAUUCCUUCCUUCCCCUCUUUAGAAAGCCCAGCAGUAUAGAGAAAAUUCUGGGGGAAGCUGAACGAGAGCAUAAUCUAAUAUUCAGGCCUCCCACACCUCCAGAGCAGCCAAAAACACCACCUUUUGUGCCUCAUAGACCUGCAUCUCCACAGGGUCCAUCUCCGAGGGUUGCCUCUCCUAGGGUUGCUUCUCCAAGAGCUGCUUCCCCUCCACGAGCUGCAUCCCCUAGAGCUGCUUCACCACCUCCACCUCCACCCCCUCGAGCUGCUUCUCCACGAGUUGCUUCUCCACGAGUUGCUUCUCCAAGAGGUGCUUCUCCAAAACCUGCUCCUUCUAGGAUUGUUCGUCCUCGACCAGAACCAACUUUAAAGAACCAGCAUGCUUCAGCGACCCAAAUUCAAGCAGCCUAUAGAGGUUAUAAGGCAAGGAGAAGUUUUAGAGCUUUGAAAGGCCUUGUGAGGCUUCAAGGAGUUGUGAGAGGUCAGCAUGUGAAACGCCAAACUACGAAUGCCAUGAAGUAUAUGCAGCUUUUGGUGCGAGUUCAGUCUCAGAUUCAGUCACGCAGGAUCCAGAAGUUAGAAAACCAAGAACGACAACAGGCUGAGUCUAAGGAAGCAGAGAGUACCUUAGGCAAAUGGACCAGCCAGUCCGAGGCAGGCAACGAAAACUGGGAUGACAGUGUGCUAACAAAAGAGGAAAGAGAAGCAAGAAUGCAGAGAAAAGUGGAGGCAGUCAUCAAGAGAGAAAGAGCCAUGGCCUAUGCAUAUUCCAACCAGCUAUGGAAAUCAACUCCGGGAUCCGGCAUUCGCUCUGGCGGAUUUCCAUGGUGGUGGAACUGGUUAGAUCAUCCACUACCGCCUGUCAAUGCUCCUGGAAGCCAAGGCACAAAGAGUUUCCAACUUACCCCACCAAGGCCAAAUUCCCAACUGAAGCCUAGUUCAAGGCCGCAGUCAAGCAGCAGCAGGCAAAGGCAAUUCACCUAUGACAACAUCAUGGAAACUCCUACACCAAAAUCCACAAGGUCCACCAUUCUCCAUGCCAAAAGACGGAUGCGAACACCGCCUUCAAGUUCAAGAGCAAGGGCUAGAGGAGCUGCUUCACCAUUCGACUUGCACGUAAAGGACGAUGAUAGCCUUAUGAGUUGCCCACCAUUUUCUGUUCCAAACUACAUGAAUCCAACAGUUUCAACCAAAGCCAAAACCAGAGCUAACAGUAAUCCAAAGGAGAGGCAUGUUGGUACUCCCCAAAGCGAGUCAAAUCGGAGGCUUUCGUACCCAUUAACACAAGGGAUUGGUUCAUACAGGUCGAACAAAGGGUCUAUAGGCAAUAUGAGUGUUGAUUCAACACCAUCUACGCCUGCUACCAUCACUGGUGGAAGAAAGCCAUUUAACAGAUUUGUGUGAUUUAUUUAUUUAUUUUUCUUUUUCUCUGAUUUAACACUUCAUUACUUAUUUAUUAUUUAUUGUGGGUGUGUUUUUCUUGAUUGAGCGUAUGUGUAUGGUUAUAUAUGCUGUAAACUACGAUAUUAGGAAAUUGUGGUUUGAAUAUAACAGGAUUUUAGGGUUUGGUGAGA